AUGUACACACCCGAUAAGGAUCCGCCCGGAUCGUCACCGGCGUCCUCCGUGAAGACAAUUACCUUGCAUCGGCACCAGCAACAACAACAAACGCAAAAACAACUUAGUUCGAAUUCACCUACGCCCUCACGGUCAUCUUCUCCGGCACCGUCACAAAGAAGUAGCAUUAGUCUUGUCCCGGUUAAUGGCCGUCUCAAGGCAGUCCAUGGGCUUUCUUUAUCAGUAGAUAGGCCAGAUUCACAGGAAUCAGCGGGGUCUAAUGCUUCAGCAUCAUCUUCGGGCACAGUCACUCAAGAAACCACUCAUCUUCUCAAAGCUCCGCCAUCAUUCUAUCCUACUUCAACUCAGAAUGCACGGCUGGUUGUGCCUCAGGGAAAGUCAAAAAGACAGCAUAGCAUUGCUGAAGGUCUAUUCCAGGCACAAUCAAACAUGAAUCAGUUUUUACCAGUUGCUCCUAUGGAAUCGGCUUCACAAUCGUAUACCAAUCUCGCAAGUAUUGGUGAAGAUUCAGUUGGAGAAGUAUUAAGUCCAGUAGAAACUCAAGAGGAUGGUGUACAACAUGAGCUGCAGCAUUCUACUGCAAAAUAUAAAAAAUACAGUGUAGGAAAGUUUAGAAGGCCUUCAGAUACAAAGAGCACUUCUUCUAGCAUGGAGUCGAUUGUGCCAUUGUAUACGGAGCAAAUGUUAAGGAAUCCCAUAUUAACCGACAUGUCCCAAUAUGAUGGCAACACACUCAUACGCAAGAAAACCAAUGAGACAACGCGUGGAUUUAACAAUGCAGAUCUUUUGACGCGCCAAAUAACUCAAAUGAAUGCGGCAUCUCACCAGCAUUUUGAAAAGCAUGCGGAUGUGCUGACGGAAAAUCAGCGUGGAUGGUUUAUUUUGGGAUAUCCAUUUUUUAGUAAAAAUAUGCUUUUUUCACUAGACCCAGAGCCAUGGACCUAUGGUCCUAGCAACAAGGCAGCUCCAGGAGACAUUCAUACAUUCCCGCUUCCCGAUCCAUCCUGGGAUUGGACAUGGAACAGCUGGUAUGUAGACAUGGCAUACGAUGUUGAUGAUCAAGGUUGGUCGUACUCAUGGAGGUUUGCGUCCAACGCGUGGCAUGGUUCGCACGUUUGGUUUCACUCAUUCGUGCGCAAACGGCGAUGGCUCCGGUUACGGCACCGAUUGAUACCCACUCAAGAAACCCCUCCCGAAACCCGUACAGUUGUGACUGGAACAUCGACUGCUUCGGCGGCAACAACAGCAAUUACUCGGCCUUUGUCCCCGACAAGCUCUAUCCGUUCUUUUAAAUCAAUACGGUCAACUGCUCCAAGUAUUGCAGAGAGCGUUUCACAUGAGUACCGAAUGCUUAUGAAGGGUGCAGCAGAAGCCCAGCAAUACGGCUCCAAAUAUUUUGUGAUACCUCCUGCUGGUCGUGUUGAAGCAAGGAUUGCCUCUAGGCGCGCACAACCUGCAUCAGACUCCCUUAAGGUGCCUUCCUUUGACAAGAAAGAAGAGGUAGAUCCUAGGUCAGAUUCUCAUGGUUUACAUUUUCCACACAAGUUUACAAUUGAUCCUUUUUCUACAAGUCCUGCUUCAGGGCAGGCGCCACAUACAUUAAGUGAGCUGCUGGUAGACCUCAGCGCAGCACGGAUUGAUCGUGAACGACUGGAGAUUUUGAGCAACUUUGUGUCGGACUUGACAAACUACACAGCGCUGGUCGCCGCCGUCAAGACCGAGCCUGAUCAUAUCUAUAUUAGGCGUAUAUUACAGACUUUUACGCAUCUGGACUCUAAAAUCCAUUUGAUUGAGCAUCUAAAUGGUGUACUGGAAAGCUUGAGUGAUACACUCAAGGAUAUCAAAAAAAGGAGUCAUAAAGAGGGUAUUUCAGAUGCCGACCAUCAGAUGUUAAAACAACAGAAAAAGAUGCUAAAACAAUACGCGGCCGAGCUGCAAACAUUUACUCAGUUUACCACGCGUAUUAUCAAGCAACAGCAAUACUACACCGACAAGGACAUCGAUGCGUUGAAUAUUGAGGAUGCUUUUGUAGAGAGCGCCACAAACUGA